GUGCACGCUCUGUUCCCUUGUCGCGGCGGUGAGAUUUUCGGAGAGUAAUUGAGGUCGAGAAAGAUAGCAGAGUAGAUCACACUGGCGCAAUCGGCAAAAGCAAGCAAAAGUUUUCAGGCCCUUACGGUCUGCAUCCAAAUUCCCGUGAAUGACAUCCCAAACUCCAAGUCCCAGUCUGCAUGACCUGAAUGAUGACUGCUUGCUGCUGAUCCUUUCGUACCUCAGCGGCCCUGAGCUUGUAGCUAUUACAAGAACCUCUCGUCGCAUUCGACAAGUAGUUGAGAGUCCUGAGCUUUGGCGGCAUUGCGCGAUCAGCGGGCAGGUCUUGUCUGCAACUGCGUUUGUGGAAAAAGCGCUGUGUCCUAGAGCCGCGCACGUCAAGGGUUUGACAUUGGUCGACGUGUGUGCUCCUCCACUUUUACCACCAGAUAAUGAUCUGUCCCGACACCUCGUAACAACCUUCUUUGCUGCUCUUGAUACCCUUCUCUCCAAAUGCGGAAAUAAUCUCCAUACCCUCGUCAUUAGCGACACAGACGAGUCCUUCUUCUUUAGUAAUUUUAAUGUCUUGUUUGAAAGUGUCGCCCAGUAUGCGCGGCACUUGAAGCGAAUUGUGUUGGCUGGGACCGAAGAAACGGUUUAUGUUGGGGAUAGCAAUAUGUUGAUUCUGAUCAUGGGAUGCGGGGAAGUGGAAGAGUUUGUCGACGCCCAGGCGUUUGGGAUGACCGCUCCGGCUUUGAACAUGAUGGUAGAUGGCUGGAAAUCUCUCCGCGCCCUGUCUCUCAACACUGAACUUCAGCAUAUCCGUCUCUUUACGCUGAACAUUGGCCAGUUUCGAUCCCGACUCAGAUCUCUGUCAGUCACACAUUUUUGGGAACCCCUCAAUGCACAGGAAAACCUUUUCGCUUUUGCGGAAGCGUUGAAAAAGUUGCCGGAGCUGUCGCGCAUUUCCAUCGAUUUACAAAUGACAAAGUUUGCUGAUGGUUUGCGCGCGAGUGACUGGGAAGUGAUUUUGGAUGCAUGUCCGAAUGUUCGAGAGGUGGAAUAUGUGGUAUGCAUUGAGGCAUAUUUUGAAGAUAUGGAAGAGGUUGCUCUUUCUGGGACGGAAUCCACCCAGACAGUUACGGGCGAAUACUUGCAUUCGUGGUCCUCGGACGACUCGAAAGCCCUUCUCGAUCGGGUUCGAGUUGAGGACGCGAGAAACACAACCGCACAUCAGAGACGGUUCUUUCACAUCCUGGACGAGAUCAAGGUGCUCUGCAAAAAGCGGCGGAUUCGCCUUCUACUAAAAUGGUCCAUAUAGAAACCCUGUACAAAUAAUAGCAGCAUCCUUGUAUAUAAUGUAACAAACCAACACAAUUUGCAAAUAUCCGAAACAAAUAAUCAUUGUCCUUUAUAUAGAUAACACCAGAGUCCCUUAAUGCUACAUUUAAC